AUGAGAGAUUAUAAAUUAGUGGUGCUGGGUGCCGGUGGUGUAGGGAAGUCAUGCUUGACUGUACAGUUCGUACAAGGAAUCUACCUGGACUCUUACGAUCCAACCAUUGAGGAUUCGUAUCGUAAAACCAUAGAGAUUGAUAACAAAAUUUUCGACUUGGAGAUUCUGGAUACGGCUGGUGUCGCGCAGUUCACUGCUAUGAGAGAGCUGUACAUUAAGUCGGGGAUGGGGUUUCUGCUGGUAUACUCUGUUACGGAUAAGCAGUCUUUGGACGAACUUAUGGCGUUGAGAGAGCAAGUACUGCGGAUAAAGGACUCCUCGCGAGUUCCCAUGGUUCUUGUGGGGAAUAAGGCCGAUUUGACCGAUGAGCGGGUUAUUAGUGUAGAGGACGGUAUUACAGUUAGCAGUAAAUGGGGGAAAGUUCCGUUUUACGAGACGAGUGCCCUUUUAAGGUCAAACGUCGAUGAAGUAUUUGUUGAUUUAGUAAGGCAAUUGAUUAGAAACGAAUUUGAGAAUGUCGCUAAAUCAGAAAUGAGGAAUCCAAGUCUUGCAAACCUUUCCAAAAAUGAAUCUAAGAUAUCGACACAGUCUAGAAACGAAAGAAACGGUGAUAUCAAUAACAACUCGAACAGUAACAAUUUACGAAAUAGCGGGAGCAAAACAUCCAGAAAAUAUUCCAGUGCACAUCCUUCAAGAUCGUCAACACCAUUAAAGAACGGUAGUGGCAAUCAAAGCGGCAAAACGAAAAGAGAGACAGCCGCACAGCAAGGUAGCAGCAAUAAGAAUAUAGACAAUCAGAAUGGUUCCAAGGGAACAAAUGGACAAUCACAAAGACAAUCGAACACGAAUACAACAACCGUUAACAAGCAGAAGAAGAAAAACAAGAAGAAGAAAAGUUUAUGUACUAUUUUAUAA